AUGUCACGAACGAGUUUCGUCAUUAUUGUUGCCUUCAUCUGCUUGGUGCUGAUCGCUCACGUUCAAAGUAGAAAUCUUGCUAUGACCGGUGGCGUAUCCAGCCUGUUCAACUCACCGUUUCGUGUGAUCGGGAAACGAAGCCAAUUGUAUGGAUAUUACAGGCAAGGCAAUCUCGACUUUCCUCAGGUUCCACUUGCAAUCGAUCAAUUCGACUACUGA